AUGGCCGAGAUCCAGGCCAAGCUGCAGGCCCUUUCCGAGGAGUAUCAAAAGCUCCAGCAGGUUGUGCAGUGGUUUCUAAUGUUCAUUUAUUUAGAUCUCCAAAACACAGUGGCUUCGCGCCAGACGCUGGAGGGACAGAGACAAGAGAACCUCGGUGUGCAAAAGGAGUUUGAAAACAUUGGCGAGGAUGAGACCAUCUACAAGCUUGUGGGACCAGUCUUGCUGAAGCAGGAAAAGUUCGAGGCGGAGAGCACCGUCAAGGGUCGACUGGACUUUAUCGGAGGCGAAAUCACAAGAUUAGAGGGCCAGAUCAAGGAGACGCAGGAGAACAUUGAGAAGAAGAAGACUGAGAUUAUCCAGAUCCAGGCGGGGGCUCAAGGGGCCAUUGGCGCACAAGAGUCCGGGAUUCGCAGAGACGCUCGCCGACCAGAUCCCAAAGCCCAUCUCGUCCAGCGUUUCGCAAUGGAGGCUCGUCCGAGCAUGGCCGCGGGCCGGCCGCAAAGUGUCAAGGAGCUGGUAGCUCAGGCCGAGAGCUUUGCCUUCAACGUUAAUAUCGCUAUGAAGCACUGGAUUCGGGCUGCUGAUACACUCUAUCAAGAGGCAUCAUUUGCCUUGUCGGAUGGCGAUUACGGACGAGCCUACAUGAUGCUAUAUCGACACUCCGUCUUGGUCCUGAAAUUUCUACCCACUCACCCUCAAUUCAAGGAUCCCGAAAAUAAAAAGGCGUUCAAAUUACUAUCGAAGCGGAUUCCUCGCGUCCUCGAAGACCUUGAGCAGCUGAAACCCGAGAUUCAGGCUUUGUAUGACGAAUGGGAACGCGCUGCACCAUCUCCCGCUGCAGAACGGCAUAAACAGCAGGCAGCAUCGUCGUAUGCAGCCUUUGCAACUCGAGAUCCAAGUCUAAGUGGUAACGCGAGAAUUUUGGACGCGGCUGAGCACCAGCAGCUAGCAGUGGAUUUAGCACAACAAGAGCUAAGCCGACGAGAGCGAGAUAAACAUGCAAGCAAGCAUAGUAGCGUUUGGGACGCGCGAGGCGCCAGGAGUAGAACGUCGCAGUUCGAUGACGGCGAUCUUCGAAGGCAGAUGGAGGCAACACGACGUACGCUUGACAUGGCACAAGAGCGCAGAAACAUUGAUUCAGCAUUGGAAGAUCACGAUCGGAGUCCUCCAGUGACAUCCCAAAACUAUUACUACCCAUCACUCUCCAAAUCUAGGCCUGUCGAAUACGAACAAGGCCGUUAUUCAUCAUCAAGAGAGCCCCAAUCGACUAGACCGCCAAAGGAGCAGUUUGACCUACCUCCCUUGCGGCAUGAAGACAGAUUCGAUACUUCACAGUCGGCUAUCCCGCCCCAGGUACCCCACAAGGCUCAUCUUGAUGACUAUCGACCACUGGAUACUCCUCCACGGCCGCUGGUUGAUGUUCAUCAGCCUCCUCUUCCGCCCAAAGAUUCGAUGGAAAUUCCUCAGCCGAAGAAAGAGCGCCUCGCCUUUAAGCCUGGAGGGUAUCUCGAGAAUGGGGAUCCUAUCCGAUCAAUAUUCCUCCCCGGUAGCCUGCGCUCCAGGUUCCUGGAAAUUGCCUCCAAGAACACGGCAGCCGGCUUAGAGACCUGUGGCGUCAUCUGUGGAACGCCCAUCAAUAACGCCCUCUUUGUCCGAUGCCUCCUGAUUCCGGAUCAAAAAUCCACUCCCGACACGUGCGAAACGGAGAACGAAAGUGCUCUGUUCGAUUAUUGUAUGAGUGAGGAUUUGUUGAUGCUGGGCUGGAUACACACACAUCCAACACAAACGUGUUUCAUGAGUUCUCGUGAUCUCCACACGCACGCGGGAUAUCAAGUAAUGAUGCCUGAAAGCAUUGCCAUUGUGUGCGCGCCGAGAUACAAUGAGCACGGCAUCUUUCGACUCACGCACCCCCCUGGUUUAGAUCACGUCCUGAACUGUAAUCGCACAGAGACAUUUCAUCAGCAUUCUAUUGACAACCUCUAUCGAGAGGCCUAUCACCCUAAUGGGCACGUAUAUGAAAACGACAAUAUGCCCUUGGAAGUAGUCGACCUGCGGAUGACAUGA